GUAAAAAGGUCUGAAUGGUAAAAAAGAAACUGUUUCAGUGUGAGUCCAUCGUUACCUGUUGAAUUGAACUGAAAGAGCAAAGGUGUAAUCAAUCACAGAAUUCCAAUGGCGGACGACGAUAGCAACCGCAUCGUUCGACUACUCUGCCGCCCAAGCCAUCUCCACAAAGGAUCCGACCCGGGAAUUCAUUGCUGGCUAAUCGGAUCCCCAUUCUUACCACCACUCACCAUCGUCUCCAUCCUCCGAUGCAUCAACACCACCCCCUCCUCCUCUUCUCCCGAUCUCCACAAAGAAUCAAACGAUCUUAAAACUUUAAUUCCCAAAGGCUUUGAGCUAAUCGGAGCCCUUGCUUCCGGCGACGAUACCAGUGCUCGUGCCGCAAUUGAUGCUACUCGUGAAUUGAGGAAGCUUAUGUAUGGUGAAGGAAUGGGGGAAGAUCAACUGUUGAUUGGAGGUGUUGAAAGUUUGGAUUCUGGUGAGGUUCGGUUUUUUGUGUGUGAGACUGGAAAUGUGAGCAGCGGAAUUGAACGUGUUUCUUCGGUUAUACAGGAAGAGAAUCCAGAGAAGUUUGUGUGGGAGAAUGGUUGCUUGCUUCGUUGUGAGCUUCCGAUAAAGUUGCCAAUCUAUUAUCCUCUCAAAAAUCCAACUGAUGUUGAGAAAGCAUAUAAGCAGGCAACUGAAGCUGUUAUUGCCAAGUUAAAAGACCCUCAGGCUGUGUACAUGUUAGAAACAUUGAGCAAAACCUCUUCGGAUCAACCUCCACCUUCCAUAGUUCGAGGUGUACAAUUAGACUUUCACACAGACUUCUCCAAAACCAAGCAUUUGGUUGAGGGUGAUGCGGGCUAUGAUGCAAGCUCACUAUCUUGUUCAUACUUUUCCAUCUACAGUAAAACCGCUUUUUCCAUAGAGAAUGCAGAUACUAUCCAAGUGAGUGUUCUAUUUAAUAGCUUAGGGCCAUCAUCAGCAUCUGCUGCGCCUACUGCAGAAUAUUUUCCAGUCAUGGAAGAAGCCAGACUCAUUGUUAAGGAUAUUAAGCUAGAUGUACUCUGCUAUGCUUCCAGGGAUCUUCCACUGAGACAUGCUGUUUCAUGUUUAAUCAUCCCUGGCUUAAUUGACCAGUUAAAUAUCCUGCAGAAAUUUAUGUUGCCUAGCCUUUUGGCAAAACAUCCUCAGUACAAUUGUCAGCUAAAACCUUACCACUUUAGUCCUCCUGGGGUUCUGCAUCCAAUAACUGUUUUCUAUGAGCUGAGUUUUGGGGAGACAGAAAUGAAGCAAGUUGAAUUUAGGAGAUCCUUGCACUCAAGGUUGGGGCUACCUUAUGAUCGCCCCCUUCUAAGAAUUGCUAAUGCCUUGGAUUUUUCAAAAUUGAAAAACAGCGGUACUGUCUCUCAUCAGAAAGGUUCAGCUUUGCUAAGAGAUGUACACACUGGGAUUCCAAGCAGUGGGGUUAUUGGGGGAGCUGUUUCCCUUGUUCAAGGUUCCUAUGAAUACCAUCAUUACCUUCAGGAUGGUUUCAACGAUUCGGGAUGGGGAUGUGCUUAUCGCUCUCUCCAGACUAUCAUUUCAUGGUUCAGACUCCAAAACUACUCGUCUAUAGAAGUUCCUUCUCAUAGAGAAAUACAGCAGGCACUUGUCGAGAUUGGAGAUAAAGAUCCUUCCUUUAUUGGGUCACGAGACUGGAUUGGUGCAAUUGAGUUGAGCUUUGUUUUGGACAAACUUCUGGGUGUUACUUGCAAAGUCAUCAAUGUUAGAUCCGGAGCUGAGCUUCCGGAAAAAUGUCGAGAAUUAGCAUUGCACUUUGAGACUCAAAGUACACCUGUUAUGAUUGGUGGUGGUGUCCUUGCAUAUACACUAUUGGGAGUGGAUUACAAUGAUGCCAGUGGAGAUUGUGCAUUUUUAAUACUUGAUCCACACUAUACGGGUACAGAUGAUUUGAAGAAAAUAAUCAAUGGGGGCUGGGUUGGGUGGAAAAAAGCCGUUGACAGCAAAGGAAAGAAUUUCUUCUUGCACGACAAGUUUUAUAAUCUACUGCUGCCACAGAGGCCCAACAUGGUAUGAUUACUGGGAUACAAUGGUGGAACUAACUCCCAAUUUCUCGCAAUAGAAGACUUUUGUUAGUUACAUGUGAUUGGGAAUAAAUGGUUCUUUUAAUUCACUCCCUUGCUUUUGGGUUAGUGAUGUUCUGUAAUUGACUUGCUUUGACUCUUAACUAAAAUUAUCGGCCAUACCUGUGUCGAGGCACCUGGGCAAAAUCCUAGGCAAAGGGCAUUUCGAACAUGGGAAAGGUGGGAUAUACUCCAUUUUCAUUAUUUAUACUUUUCAA